UAGCACACCAGGUCCCCGCAUCUGGAAUUUACGCGUCUGUCGCCGCCGCCUACAGGACGGCUCGAUCUCCCGCCUCCCCCCAGCUGCAGAAGCCCAAACACUCGGGUCUUCUGCGCUGAAUGUUGGAGGUCUGUCGAUUUCUGCAUUGAUCAGUUUGGCAGAUUCUGUCUCUCCUUCCUUUCAAUGACCGUUCGGGGCGUGCUUUGCACUCAGCAGCGCAACAGUUAAUGUGUGCCGGAUGCACCCUCACUCCAGCAGACCGCUACAGUACGAAGAUGGCGUCGGAGGGAGCCACCGGAGAGCAGCCUCCUCUGGUACAAACACUGGUCGCAGCCGCACCAGGAGGUGUCGACACGAAAUGUGAGUUCAAUAUGGAUAACUUGAGCAAGCCAGAGCUGCUCACACUGCUCAGUAUCAUGGAAGGGGAGCUGGAAGCCCGCGACCUGGUGAUCGAAGCUCUGAGGGCUCAGAGGAAGGAGGUUUUUCUCCAAGACCGAUAUGGCCACUAUACACUCACUGACCCCUUCCUGGCACUUCAGAGAGACUUUGAGUGCAGAGCCCCUGGAGGGGACAAAGAACGGCGGCCGCUGGGGUCCAGCCCUAUUUCGGUCCUGGAGGCUGUCAUGGCCCACUGCAGGAAAAUGCAGGAACGCAUGUCAGCCCAGCUGGCUGCUGCCGAAAGCCGCCAGAAGAGGCUGGAGAUGGAAAAGCUUCAACUCCAGAGUCUGGAGCAGGAACACCGUAAGCUGACAGCACAGCUAAAAGACGAACGUGAGAAGAAUAAGCACAUUGUUAUGAUGCUGGUGCGUGAGUGCAAGCAGCUUGCCACUCGGGUGGUGGAGGAGUCGCAGCGCUUUGAUGAGCUUCAAGCUCGCCUAGAUGAGGAGAGUCGCACCUCUGGCCGGCUGCAGGAGGAACUGAGCACCGAGCGCCAGCGUAGCCAACAGAUGGAGGCCAAGAUGGAAAAGCAACUGUCAGAAUUUGACACAGAAUGUGAGCAGCUGCGUGCCAGGCUGGGCCGAGAGGAGGCAGAGAGUCAGGGCUUGCGGCAACAGGUGGAGCAGCUCAGAACUGAACGGGGUGAUGGAAAAGAUGAUGCUACUGUUGCUCCACUUGCUGCUGCUGGAGGGGAACCUGCUGCUGCCACCAGUACACCGCCCAAACCUAAAGCUAUGAUAUCUGUAUCUAUAGCCACAGAGCCAAUAAGCUGUCAAACAGCGUCUUGUCAAACAGACGUGCCUCCCACUGAGGUUGAGGGUCCUAAGAAGACUCCUCUUACUAUACCUGCCAAACCAACCCCUGCUAACUAUGUGGGCCUUAGUUUGCCAAAGACAACUGGAAGAGGGAUUGUCCACUGCAGCUCAGGAGGAUUGGCACAGACAGAAAAUGGCUCAGAGGGCCAAGUUUCCCAUGGCCUACCUACUGGGGUCAGCCCCCGCGUCCAGGCAGCCCGCUACAAGUUUCAGGAACAGGACCAAAAUGGAACGGCAUCUCAGAGCCCUCCGGCCCGUGACCUUUCCCCAACCAACCGUGACAACUUUGCAGCCAAGCAGCAAGCACGUCAUACUGUAACACAGGUCCUGUCACGCUUUACCAGCCCUCCUGCAGGAGGCCCUGGACCCCUCCGUCCUGGCCUGCCCCACUCUGCCUCAGAGGGUGGACCUUUUCCUGGCCGCCUGAGCCAUCCUAUUGGCCUCAAAUCACCCACAGUGACCAGGAUUGACCGGGGAAAUCCUCCCCCUAUACCUCCCAAAAAACCAGGGCUUUCCCAGACCCCCUCACCUCCUCAUCCAUCCAUCAAGGUGGUGGGGGACAGCAGCCGGUCCCCUGGGGCUGGUCUAAAGCCUGCUACACCCCAGUUGCCACCAAAACCUGCCCUGGACCUGGUCCCAGCCCUGACUGCCUCUCAGGUGGGUGCCCGCCCCCGCUUGCCAGGGCCCAGCCAAGGCCCUCAGUGGCAGGCAGCAACAGCAUGUGCAGAGUCCCCCCAAGACAUGAGUCCUGCCACUACUGUCAGUAGCCCCUCCUCCAUACACCCUCCCUCCACAUCCUCCUCCAUUAGUGCUUCAUCUUCCUGUAGAUCCCGUGCCUCAGCAGGCAGCCCCCUGGCAACAGCAUCAGGCUGGUGUCCCUCCGUAGUUUCCUCUCUAAGUAGCAGUGGGCCUGCUGCCCUGGACAGUAGGCACCUCCUGCUCCUCCAAGCUGCUUCCCAGGGAAAUGUCACUUUAUUGUCAAUGCUGCUUAACCAACCAGUCUCGAACGGAACCACCACAAGUAUCACUUCUACCACCUCAUCCACCGACAUCACCUCUACCACUACUCUGGAAAAUAUGCCCAAUCUUCUUGACCCAGACUUCCACCUCAGUCACAUCCAAACCUCUGCCUUGUUUGCUGCUGCUCAGAAUGGACAGACAGAGUGUGUGAAGCUGUUGCUCUCUGCAGGAUUGCCUGCUGACAUUUUGGAUGAAAAUGGGUUCACACCCUUACACUUUGCUGCUGCCCACGGCCACACCAGCUGUGUGGAGGUGCUGCUGGAGUCCAGAGCUGCUGUGGACUCUGUGGCGGCUGAAGGGCAGACUUCCCUCUUCCUGGCCUGCGAGGCAGGAAGGCUGGACUGUGCUCAGGCUCUACUGAACGCUGGAGCCAAUCGCUCGCUCACCACUACAGAUGGCUGCACAACGCUGCAUGCUGCUGUCCGCUCAGGACACGUGGACACGCUCCGUCUCCUCCUCCACCACCCAGUUCACAGUGAUCCCCCCAAUCCACCAAAUAGACUGACACUGUCUGCUGCCCUGCUGAACCAGGCCAACAGUGAUGGCUGGACCCCUGCACACAUGGCUGCGGCCCUGGGCCUCAAGGAGUGUCUGGAGGUGUUGUGCAACCACAGUGAGCAGGACAUAGAGCGGAGGGAUAAGUGUAAUCGCACUAUUCAUGAUGUGGCAACGGACGACUGCAAAGACCUGUUGGAAAACCUCGAUUUGUACCAGGUCCUGGUUCUUCUACAGUGUUCAGGCGGAGGAAAUGGGUCCAUGUGUCCCAUGGAAGCCCUUGAAGAGGAAAAGGAGGCGAAAGGAAUUUCCUACAGUCAGAUGGCGCUGGGCAGAGUGACGGUCCACCGCUCAACACGUUGGGCCCAGCUGACUGAUGUCCUCAGCCACAUGUUCAUUUCCCACCUCCAGAUCCUCUGUGGGGAUUCUCAUCCAGCAAGAGAGGAGGCGCAGCGCUCACUGAUUGGCCUUAGUCCUGCCAGUAUCUCCUCCACCCUUAUCGGCGAUACCAAGUGGUUACCCGGUCAGGAGCUGCCCGUAUCUCCCUGGGAUCUGGUCAGAAAGCCUCUCAGCCAGUGUAUUAAAAUCCGCCUCAAAGGUCUGCCUGAGUCGUGUCUCGAUGAGUUAGCCCUGGAAUCCCUCCUCCCUUUGCCACUGCUGCACAACUACGUCCGCCUGGUGGAGCAGUACGGUAACCUCUUCUUCCAUGGCCUGGAGGGCAGCUUCCAAGAGUACAUUGCUAAUGUGGUCGCUCACUGCAUCAAGUCGAAACAGGAGGCAGGGGGAACGAGCUGUGACGUGGUUAGGAUUGAGGUGGAGGACAGCCUGACCAAAGAGCAACUGUUGGAGAUCUUCAUCAACUGUGGCUUCCUGGUGCCAGCAGUGAGGUCAGGGUUUGCAGGGGUGUCUGGAGACACUGAUCGCUGUGUGGUGGUACUGCUGGAGGGAUUGGAGAAGGCUUCAUCUCUAACAGGCUUGCUUGGAGACCUCUGCCUAAGCCUGGACAACAGAGGCUUUGCCUCCCCUCUGAUUCUGAGCACAGGUUCACACCACAUAAGAGAAAACAACUUCCUGAUUGGCACAUUGUCAAAGCCCCGCCUCCAGGGAUCAGAGCUCUGUCUUCAGCAACAUUUCCGCUGGGUGAUGCUGCGCUGGGACCAGGAGCCCCUGCACAGUCUGCUGGGAAGGCACUUGUGCAGGAAGCUGCUUCAUAAGGUGGGGACUGGAGCUUGGUUGCCCGAUGGCCUCAUGGAGCGCUCAGUGUUGUGGGUGAAUCAGGUCUGGCAGCAGCUCAAUGCCUGUCUGUCCCGUCUGGGGACCCAUGAGGCUUUGCUAGGCCCACAGCUGUUCCUGUCCUGCCCAGUGGUUCCCAACAACAUUCAGGCUAUUGUCAGGUGGCUGGCCUGUCUCUGGAAUGCUGUAGUCGUACCACGGGUGGAAGGAGCAGUCAUCUCCCGUGUAAUGACCAAGCGCUCUGCCUCCUCUCUCCCGUCACCCUCUCCCUCGCUACGACCAUCUCCUAGCAACUGUGGGCUGAGCGCUGGGCAGCAGGCCGUGGUGAAAGCCGCCCUCAGCAUCCUGGUCAACAAGGCUGUGAUGCUGGGUUGCCCCGUACCUCGCCACGAAAUGGAACGGUACCUGCUGGAGUUUCAGGGGAGCUCGUCUACUCUGCCAGCCCUCGGUUCAUGUAAGGGGGGUGUAGGAGGAGGGAGACGGGGACGAGACAGCGGCAAGCUAAGAAGAUCCAACACCAGUCCCAGGAAGAAGGGAAGCCCCUCCCUAAACUGGAGCUCUGGGGGCUCCUUUAGAGAGGGUUCGGUCUCCAGCUCUGACGUCAGGUUCAUGUCCAACGGCCACAGACAGACGGGUGGUCUGCCAGCGUUCUUUGAUGAUGAGACGGAUCUAAUCAGAGAGCUGCAGACCAUGUGCUCCAGCAGGUCCGAGCCGGACAUCAGUCAGAUCUCCCAGGCCAAAGACAACAUGAUCCUGUUUCCCAGCACUCCCAGUAAGAAAGAGCCUGCCACCAAGUCCAACCUGGAAACUGCUGUCCAGCAGCCAUCAGAGGUGACUGUCGUCAGUCAGCCCGGCCGCAGCUCCAUCCAGCCAGCCUUUCAGAGCACCAGCCGUCGUCCAGGCCCUCGCGCUAAGUCGCAGCUUCCUGUCCCGAGCAGCAGAGGGCAGCAGACGCGAGCGUCCACCACUUGCAGCAGCAACAAUAACGACAACCAAUUCCAGACACUCCCCAGCCUCAGUAGAGCUACAGCCAACAGCAGCAGCAAAACACUGCAGGGUCCUCAGAGCAACAGCAGCAACAAUAACUACUACCGCAACAGCAUGAACAAGUGCAGUCACUCACAAGAUGAUAUCUGGAUCCUCCACAGAGACCUGCACGAGAGCAACGAGUAGACGCCCCCCACCUCCUCCUCCUCCCAUUCUUAUUGUAAAGAUUAGGUACCUGACAACCUUUGAUUUGUACUUCUCUGUACUUGCUACACUGUACUGCAGUUGUAUACUUGGGGACCAUAGUUUAUUCUACUACAGUAUUUGAAUUAUGCGUUCACAUAGGAGUGAAAACACUGUAACUUUAAAAAAAGACAAGGUAAAGCAGCAGGUUGUUUUGUUCUGUUGCCUUAAUUCCAGUGUUUCAACCUGCUUUUUAUGGGACAGUUUUCAGAUCCAGUAUAAAACUUUCUGGAAUAAGAUAUGCUAUAUGAAGUGUUUAUAUGUUAGAAACUGCCUAAGAACACUCCCGGCACAGUCCUUUGGUGUACUUAAAGUGAAAUAGUGUACUUCUCCUGUAGGAAUAAGGUCACUGAAGAAGUCAAAUGGACACAAUCAGGCUUUUUGUUCUCUUUCUUGUUUUUGCUAUUAAGUAUUUUGAGAUAUUCAAGUGUUUUAUCUCCAGAUAGUUGCAAGGUUGGUUUAAAUACUGUUGAAAUUAAUCAGGGUUUUACCAAAUAUAUUUGUAAAUAAGAGUAUGUUUAAAUGCUCUAUAGAUCGGUGUAUGUGGUAUUACGCUUGUACAGUGACGAAACCUUAAAGAAAAACUGCUGAGGAAAAAAAAAACACUAAACCUUGUACAUUAAUGUUUGUAGAAUGAGUUUGGUUUUAAACCCUCCACUUGUUUCAAAGUGAAUGGGAUGUGGCAAUAAGUAAUAGAACUAUAUAAACACAGGAUGUCCUCUGUCAGUUGUAAGCCAUAAUAAAUAUUUUAAAUGCC